CGGAAGAAGGGAGAAAGGGCGUGAUGGAAGUAGUUAAGUGCCCGGAGCACGGAACCUUCUGCUUUUUGAAGACCGGCGUCCGCGAUGGCCCGAAUAAAGGAAAGAGCUUUUACGUGUGCCGGGCGGACACGUGCGGCUUCGUGAGGGCCACCGACAUUCCUGUUUCUCAUUGUUUAUUGCAUGACGACGUUGUGGUAGAACUUCAAGGUUUGGUUCUGCCACCAGGCAAGAAAGAAUAUAGAUUGUUCUUCCGAUGCAUCAGAAGUAAGGCAGAGGGGAAACACUGGUGUGGAAGUGUCCCAUGGCAGGAUCCUAAUUCCAAAGAAUAUUCUGUAACCAAUAAGUCUCAGCAUGUGUCUGAGCCAUUUCCUGAAACUUCCUGCAAGCUGAGAAAUCCAUUCAAGGUACUUGACAAGAAUCAAGAGCCAGCUCUCUGGAAACAGUCCAUCAAAGGUGAAGGUGAGGAAAAGAUGGCUGAUAAGAAGCAAAGGGAAAAGGGGGAUCUGCUCUUCAAUCAAAAGAAGGAACAGAAGCUGGAAUCUAACUGUGGGAUGGAGAGAGAGCUCUCAUCUGGCCUGGUGGUAAAGAAAAAACAAUCUGCAGUUCAAGAGAAGCAGCAAGAGCAGAAGACAGAGUUUCAGUGUGAAGCAAAGGAGGCUGAAGGCUCCUUCAGAAGGAACUUUUCUGAAAUUAAAUCCAAACAGGGUCAUGGUAAUGAGCUGAGACCAUCUGCAUCUGCUCAGGAGAUACCAAGUGGUGAGAGCCCAUAUGUCCAACAAGAGUCAAAACCUCUGACAGAAAAGGAAACCCAGCUUUUGCCUCGAAGUAUUCAAAGUCAGAACCCACUAGGUGAGCCCAGGAGAGAGGGGCUGCUCAGCAAGGAGCCCAGCAAGAACCGGGAGGCCAGGGAAGCAAAGGCAAAGGCUGACCCGCGCACGCAGGCUGCCCAGAAGAAGCCACCGCAGGGGCAUUGCCAGUUGCCAUCGGAGAACCGCGGUGUGCCUGCUCCUAAAGGACCAGAGGCACAGGCUGCAUUCUCAGCACCCGCGCUGUCCUGGGGAGAGGGGCGUGAAGCUGCUACAAGCAGUGGUGACAGUGAGGAAGAUGAUGAUGAUGUUGUUUCCUCCAAGCCGGGAAGCCCCCUACUCUUUGACUUGACUCCAGACCCACAGAAGAAGGAGAACUUUCAAUUCCAUAACGAAAGUGUGCAAAGAAAAAUAUCUCCUGCUUCAGGUGUUUCCAAGAAGGUAGAGCCUUCGGACCCAGCAGCCCAACAUGUGUACCUCAUGGCACAACUUAAGCAAAAGAAGAGCACGCUGGCAUCGGUGAACAUCCAGGCACUCCCAGACAAGGGUCAGAAGUUGCUUACACAAAUCCAUGUGUUGGAAGAAGCACUCAGUGCUCUUGCCCUCUCCCCAGAACAAGGAACCAAUGGGAACAGUAACACUCAAGCACCAGAACAGAGUAACUUCACAAAAACUGCCACUGAUCCUCCCCACCUGGUACCUCUGCAACCCCUUCCAGGUUGUGAUCUCCAGCGUGUGGAUUCUCUAGGACUAAAGGCUGCCUGCCAGGUAACUGCUGGAGGAUCCAGUCAGUGCUAUGGAGGCCAUACGAAGCAAGAUCGCCUUCAUGCAGUUUGGAAAAUCACAAGUGAAGCCAUUGAUGAGCUGCAUCGAUCACUUGAGUCCUGUCCUGGUGAAACAGCUGUGUCAGAAGAUCCAGCUGGGUUGAAGGUCCCCUUGCUACUGCACCAGAAGCAGGCAUUAGCCUGGUUACUAUGGCGGGAAAGUCAGAAGCCACAAGGAGGAAUUCUGGCGGAUGAUAUGGGCUUAGGAAAAACCCUAACGAUGAUUGCACUCAUCCUGACCCAGAAGAAUCAAGAAAAAAACAAAGAAAAGGACAAAAACAUGGCUUUGACAUGGCUUUCCAAAGAUGACUCCUCUGACUUUAUAUCCCAUGGAACACUAAUUAUCUGUCCGGCUUCCCUGAUCCAUCACUGGAAAAAUGAGGUAGAAAAACGUGUGAACAGCAACAAACUAAGAGUCUACCUCUAUCAUGGGCCAAACCGGGACAAACGUGCAAAAAUCCUCUCUACAUAUGACAUCGUGAUCACUACCUAUAGCCUUCUGGCCAAGGAGAUUCCCACGAAGAAGCAAGAGGGAGCGAUCCCAAGUGCAGAAAACCUCAGUGUGGAGGGUAUCUCAGCACCUUUGCUUCGAAUAGUCUGGGCUCGAAUCAUAUUGGAUGAAGCUCACAAUGUUAAGAAUCCCAGAGUGCAGACAUCCAUAGCUGUGUGUAAGCUACAAGCCCAUGCCCGUUGGGCUGUCACUGGAACCCCCAUUCAAAACAACUUGUUGGAUAUGUAUUCACUGCUGAAAUUUCUCCGUUGUUCUCCAUUUGAUGAGUUCAAUCUGUGGAGGAGUCAGGUUGACAAUGGUUCAAAGAAAGGAGGAGAACGGUUAAGUAUUUUAACCAAGAGCCUUUUGCUGAGGAGAACAAAAGACCAGCGGGACUCCACCGGCAGACCCUUGGUGAUGCUGCCCCAGCGUAAAUUUCAAUUGCACCAUUUAAAGCUUUCUGAAGAUGAAGAGACUGUUUAUAAUGUCUUUUUUGCAAGAUCAAGGUCAGCUCUGCAAUCCUAUCUAAAAAAUCAUGAAAGUGGAGGCAACCAAUCUGGAAGAAGCCCUGACAAUCCAUUCAGUAGAGUGGCACAAGAGUUUGGGUCCAGUGGGCCUGAGCACUGUGUGGUAGCAGAUGCGCAGAGAUCCAGCACCGCCCACAUCCUUUCCCAGUUGCUGAGACUCCGCCAGUGUUGCUGUCAUCUUUCUCUACUGAAGUCGGCCCUGGAUCCCACAGAACUGCAGAAUGAAGGCCUUGUUCUUUCCCUGGAGGAACACCUCAGUGCUUUGACCUUGUCGGAGCUCCAUGACUCAGGGCCAUCUCCCACUGUUUCUGUUAAUGGCACAUGCUUCAAGGUGCAGCUUUUUGAAGACACACAAAAGAGCACCAAGAUAUUGUCUCUGUUGGCGGAAUUGGAGGCAAUUCGAAGAAAUUCAGGGUCCCAAAAGAGUGUCAUCGUCUCUCAGUGGACCAGCAUGCUGAAAGUUGUAGCAUUGCACCUUAAGAGGCAUGGACUGACUUAUGCCACCAUUGAUGGCUCCGUCAACCCCAAACAGAGGAUGGACUUGGUAGAGGCAUUUAACCACUCCAGGGACCCUCAGGUUAUGCUAAUCUCUCUCUUGGCUGGAGGUGUUGGUCUAAACCUGACUGGAGGAAACCAUCUUUUUCUUCUGGACAUGCACUGGAAUCCAUCACUUGAAGAUCAAGCUUGUGACCGAAUUUAUCGAGUAGGGCAGGAGAAAGAUGUUGUCAUACAUAGAUUUGUUUGUGAGGGAACAGUGGAAGAUAAGAUCUUGCAGCUCCAAGAAAAAAAGAAAGAUUUGGCCAAACAGGUUCUAUCAGGAUCUGGAGAAUCUGUCACCAAACUCACUUUGGCUGACCUCAAAGUCCUUUUUGGCAUCUAACCUACUGUUCAUAGGGCUCAGAAUUAUGCCAUUGCUGGUUUGUAUAAGCAUCUGAGAGUAAUGACAUAACCAUGAUUUACCUCUUUCCUGGCAUUCCAUUUCACUGGCAAGCCUUUUGCCCUCCUCAAAAUGAGGCAUAAUCUUAUCCCUAGAAUUGAGGAUGGUUAAUCAAUCAUGUUAAUCAAUCAACUUAUUUAAUGAGUGGCAUAGAAACCAAUCUGAUUUCAGAUAAGAGAAAAUGCUUUAGAAUUAAAUGAUUUUGGAAAACAGCUCUGGCAGAAUUGUACAUAAGAUUUAGUAAAGCUCAAAAACCCAUGUGUUGCCUUUCUAUCCUCAGCUGAUGGGAGACCUAGUGUUAUUACCUUCCCUAACACAGGCCCCAUCACAUCUCUUCAUCUCUUCUUGCCAGUGAGGCUGCCCCUGUAACCAUCUCUUUAUGGAUGGAGCAGAGAGUAGAUCCUGACAGACAGCCAUUCCUCUGCAGUUGUCUCAGCCCAGGCAGUUCUUCCUUAGGCUUAAGAUCAAGGAGAUGCUUUGUUUAUAAACAGAUGUGGGGUAUAGGUAUCAUUCUAUCAUUUAGUAUCAGUGUAUCUGUGUCGUACAGUAUUUGUAU